AUGAACUACCAUGAUGUGAUAAUCACUGGAGAUCUGAAUGCGAAUCUGCUGUCUGACACGCUACACUACGCUGCAGUACUCCAGGAUCACAUUGACCUUCUCGGCCUCAAGGUAGUGUCGCGCCUGCCUACCUGCCACCGUUUUCAGGAAGACCGCUCGUCGCACACACUCCUCGACCUCUUCCUAGUAAAGCACACCACGGACAUUCACUCGUUCUCAAAAACUGAGGCCCCCUUCAUCGACUGUCAUGAUCUCAUCGAGCUCGUAAUCUACGCCACUGUUCCCCCUGACGGUGACAAACUCAUCCUCUCUAGGAACCUUCGAGCCAUUGACCUUGCACGCCUGAACUCGCUUGUUGCAGGCUGCCUAGCCUCCACCUGUCUCAGCGCUGCCCCCUCAAACUUAGUGAGCUCGGAGAUUUCUCAAGUCUCCAUCGAUGCUUUCGAACGCUCUCUAUCUUCUUCUGUCCUUUAUGCGUUCGACACCUUGGCACCACUACGCACACUGAAGCUAUCUGAAAAAGCUAAACCCUGGGUUUCUGCGGAUAUCCGCAUCCUUAUGCGUGCCAGAAACGCUGCCUUUAAGCGCGCAAAAAUCUCGCCAUGCCUUGGGAACAUCCAGAGAUAUCGUGAUCUCCGAAACCGAGUCUCCAAUAAUUUGGAUACGGCCAAGAACACGUAUCUCUCAGCUAGGCUCGCCACUGCUACUGACCCCAAGGCAAAAUGGCGUGAGCUUCGCUCUAUUGGUAUCGCUCAAAAGCAAACGCCCUCACCGCUACUGUUCUUCUCCUCUCAGAGCUUAAACAAACAUUUUGCCCGCGUAGUAAACCUGCUACCGCCUAUUGAUGCCAGCACCCUUGAGACCAUCCUCUCAACCCCACGUACUCGGCAGUUUGAUUUCCCCCAGUUUGCUCUCCAUCCUGUCACUGCAAAAGACGUUCAUGACGCACUCAGUGCAGCAAACUCAAAAUCCAAAGGAGAGGAUGGGAUCUCGCUUCGUAUGUUCUCUAUGGUUGCUGACUCGUUCGCUCAAUACUACGCUGCGCUCUUUAAUCAGUCCAUCACCAGCUCGCUCUACCCGUCACUGUGGAAGCGGACUCAAAUUGUCCCGGUCUCAAAGGUCAAAUCGCCCUCUUCUCUCUCUGACACACGACCCAUUGCGAAGCUCUGUGAACCGUCAAAAAUUUUUGAGCGCUUGGUUCACCGGCAGCUCUCAGGCUAUGUCGAGUCUCACAGGCUACUCGACGCGCGUCAGGCUGGUUUUCGGAAGGGUCACUCAACGGAGACUGCGCUUCUUGGCCUCCUGGAUGACGUGCGACACGCCACCGAAAAGAGGCAAGUCUCCAUCCUUAUCCUCUUUGACUUCUCCAAGGCUUUCGAUCGCAUCUCCCACUCUCGCCUAAUUCGGAAGCUCCGUAACCUGAACGUCUCUGAUAAAGCUCUGAGGUGGUUCUUCAACUACUUGGCUGAUCGCAUACAAGCAGUAGUUGACGGGGGAGGAACCGUUUCGGAGUGGCUUCGUGCGGCUACUGGCGUCCCGCAAGGCAGUGUUCUUGGUCCCCUGUUGUUCGCCGUGUAUAUUAAUGACCUUCCAUCCGUGCUUAUUUUCGCCAAUUAUAUGAUAUACGCGGACGAUACACAGGUGUACCUCCACUGCUCACCGCACGAAAUUGAGCGUGGCCUUGCUCAGAUCCAGCAGGAUGCUCAGGCUGUCGCCGACUGGGCUGCUGAAAACGACCUCAACCUGAACCUGGCCAAGACGAAGGCUAUGAUUCUAGGGAGCGAGCUUUUUAUCUCCUCCCUAGAUUUCACCAUCUUGCCUCAUAUCACCAUCAAUUCUACCUUCAUCUCCUUCGUGGCAGCAGCAAAGAGUCUCGGUGUCACCCUCUCCCCGACCUUCCAAUGGAAAGGCUACACUACCGAGAUAGUGAAGAAGGUCUACGGCUCACUCAGCUCGCUGAAAUUCUACCGCAAGUCCAUGUCGCUCUCCCUCCGCAAGUCGCUAGUUGAAGCUCUCGUCUUCCCACUUCUGAAUUUUUCCUCCACGGUCCUUAUGGACCUCGACAAAACGCGGACUCAUGACCUCCAAGUAGCACAAAAUGCCUGCGUGCGUUUUGUCACGGGUUUCAUACCCUUCAUCCCAACCAGCGAUGUGACCACCCACGUCACUUAUCACAGACUCCGCCUUCACUGGCUUACUUUGUCUUCUUCGCGUCAUCUUGCGUUAGCCAGACUCCUCUACAAAGUUGUCUGUAAUAACGGUCCUACCUAUCUGACCCCCCAUAUCGCUAAUCUAAAUCACGUUACCUGCUCCCGGCGCUCUCUCCACAAUAUUCCAGCUGCCUUUCAAUUGCGAGCUCCACGCACUGAAGCCUGGAAACGGUCGUUAGCAAUUCGUGGUAUGGACCUUUUGAACCAACUUGCGGUCACCGACUUUGACCUAGACCGACUCGCUGAAUUCAAACGCUGGAUGUCUGAGCUUCUCUUUCUCCUGGAGCUUGACGAGUUCACCCAAAGUGCUACUCAUGAGAACAUGUGUAACAUGAAUGCCCUCACUCUACUGCCACAAGUCCAGCGACCCUACAAUGUAUCGGCCUUCGCCCCCAACCCCUCCUACCUACUUGUACCAGGUCGCUACCUUCAGUACAACCUCUUACCUCACCAACCCCAACCCACCCUCGCAUCUAAACUCUAA